UACAGAAACCCGGACAUGUUGAACUGUAUGUGGAUAAGCAGUCUCAACUCUCUGCUUGGACUCGGUACAACUUUAGUUUCCUGAUAAUCCCGACAAUCCCUGAAGCGAUUGUUGCCACAAAUAUUGAUCCACAAUAAAUGCCUGCAGGGGGGAAUCAGCUGAGAUGAGAUGUUUCACCCCUUAGAUCUCAGUGGCUCAUGAGCGUAGCGACGUCUCCCUGCAGCUCUGGAUCAUUUCUUCAGACUCAGAGCUUUAAAGCUCUAUGGAGCUCCACCUCCUCCGCCAGUCAGUCGUCGCCUGCCCGGACCUGUCGUUGGUUCCCGGUGCUUGGUGGAUGUUUUCCAAAUGGAUCCUCUGCAGCCAACUUCCCCAGCAGGGUGUACUUCCCGUGACCACACCCCCGGGGAUAAGCCGGCUGCGCCCUCGGAGGCCGGUCAGUCGUCAGAGCCAGAGGCAACAGCAGAGCACAGAGUUAUGGAGCAGCAAGUGAGCGUGGUUUCCCGGGCGCAGUGGCAAGCCGCCGCCCCCAAACAGCAGGAGAGGCUGAGGAGCUUGGCCGUCAAAGUAGUCAUCCACCACACGGCCCUGCCGAGCUGCGGUGGCCUGCAGGAAUGCAAGGACCAGAUCUUCAGCAUUCAGAGGGCCCAUAUGACGGAGAGAGGCUUCAGCGACGUCGGGUACAAUUUCCUCGUCGGAGCAGAUGGCACCGUGUUCGAAGGCCGUGGUUGGGGUGUGGUAGGAGCACAUUCCAAAGGCAACAAUUAUGACUCACUGGGCAUUGCCUUCAUGGGCAAUUUCAACAAUGACACGCCGAGCAAAGAGGCCAUCUCGUCGGUCAGGGAGCUGCUGCGGUCGGGGGUCUCCCAGGGCUUCUUGUGCAAAGCGUUUACCCUGUUCGGACACAGAGAUCUGGGAGUCACACAGUGUCCGGGAGAUCAUCUCUACGCUGCGCUGCCGCAGCUGAGAGGCAGCACGUAAACGUGUCGACGGAAGAUUCGCACACAAACUGAAAUCUUUAGUAUGAACAGGGGGUCAGUCUGAAGAAGAGCUUUAAAGAUAAAAACACUAACUCUCCAAUCUUCUUUUUUUUUUUCCCCCCCUUUCACAUUAUUUUUGACAUCAAUCUCUUCUCAAAGAGGCAACAGACAACGUUGGUGCCCCCUAUUGGUUCUAGGUGGUAUUAUAGUUUUGUCGCUGUCUUAAAGACGCCAACAAGGACACAGGUACUUUAAGGAGAUUAAGGAGAAGAAAAAUUUUGUACACUGCUCCACCUACUUACUUUUCUGGCUCCUAGCGCCAGCGUUAGCAUCAUGGCUAACUCAACGCCUGCAGCCUGGCCACUGUCCAAAGGAGAAAACAAUCGUAGAAAAUCACAAUUUGAACAAAUAACCUGGAGUUAAAGGCGCCGUGGUAUUAAUAAGUCGGCUGGUUGUGAUACUUGCUGAUCUAGUAGAGAGAAAACGGGCGGCAGCUCUACGUUUUUCUGUCGCCACGACACAGAGGAAUUAGUUUUAACACAGUUUGAGUCCUUUUACGCUCGAAGCGAAUGCGUGUGUUGUAACAGGAGGUCGUCCGACAGGUUUCACAGCUUGUCUCGUAGCCGAGUAGGCCGUCGCAUGGGAUGAUGACAAAAAAGAAACUGUUUCAACAUGUGAUAAAAGACUGUCACUGGAUUUGGGUGCAAUAUUUAUACAGUGUACAAUACAUUUUACUUUAGGAAUAUUUUCCUUGAUACUGUUAGUGGAUCACGGUGUAAAAUAAAUAUUGACGUGAAUUGAAA